GGGCAGCAUGGUUCACUCCAGCAUGGGGGCUCCAGAAAUAAGAAUGUCUAAGCCCCUGGAGGCCGAGAAGCAAGGUCUGGACUCCCCGUCAGAGCACACAGACACUGAAAGAAAUGGACCAGACACUAAUCAUCAGAACCCCCAGAGUAAGACCUCUCCGUUCUCCGUGUCCCCAACUGCCCCCAGCACCAAGAUCAAGGCUGAAGACCCCAGUGGUGACUCAGCCCCUGCAGCACCCCCACCCCCUCAGCCGGCUCAGCCUCAUCUGCCCCAGGCCCAACUCAUGUUGACAGGCAGCCAGCUCGCUGGGGACAUACAGCAGCUCCUCCAGCUCCAGCAGCUGGUGCUUGUGCCAGGCCACCACCUCCAGCCACCUGCUCAGUUCCUGCUCCCACAGGCCCAGCAGAGUCAGCCAGGCCUGCUACCGACACCAAAUCUAUUCCAGCUACCUCAGCAAACCCAGGGAGCUCUUCUGACCUCCCAGCCCCGGGCCGGGCUUCCCACACAGCACCCUGGAACUGGUCCUCCGUCCUGCAUCCCACCCACCUGCCCACCCCACCAGGCCGUGACCCGCCCCACGCUGCCCGACCCGCACCUCUCGCACCCGCAGCCCCCCAAAUGCUUGGAGCCACCAUCUCACCCCGAGGAGCCCAGUGAUCUGGAGGAGCUAGAGCAGUUCGCCCGCACCUUCAAGCAACGCCGCAUCAAGCUGGGCUUCACGCAGGGUGACGUGGGCCUGGCCAUGGGCAAGCUCUACGGCAAUGACUUCAGCCAGACAACCAUUUCACGCUUCGAGGCCCUCAACCUGAGCUUUAAGAACAUGUGCAAACUCAAGCCCCUCCUGGAGAAGUGGCUCAACGACGCAGAGACUAUGUCUGUGGACUCAAGCCUGCCCAGCCCCAACCAGCUGAGCAGUCCCAGCCUGGGUUUCGACGGGCUGCCCGGCCGGAGACGCAAGAAGAGGACCAGCAUCGAAACAAAUGUCCGCUUCGCCUUAGAAAAGAGUUUUCUAGCGAACCAGAAGCCUACCUCAGAGGAGAUCUUGCUGAUCGCCGAGCAGCUGCACAUGGAGAAAGAAGUGAUCCGCGUCUGGUUCUGCAACCGGCGCCAGAAAGAGAAACGCAUCAACCCCUGCAGCGCAGCCCCCAUGCUGCCCAGCCCCGGGAAGCCGGCCAGCUACAGCCCCCAUAUGGUCACACCCCAAGGGGGCGCGGGGACCUUACCAUUGUCCCAAGCUUCCAGCAGUCUGAGCACAACAGUUACUACCUUAUCCUCAGCUGUGGGGACGCUCCACCCCAGCCGGACAGCUGGAGGGGGUGGGGGUGGGGGCGGGGCUGUGCCCCCCCUCAAUUCCAUCCCCUCUGUCACUCCCCCACCCCCGGCCACCACCAACAGCACAAAUCCCAGCCCUCAAGGCAGCCACUCGGCUAUCGGCUUGUCAGGCCUGAACCCCAGCACGGGCCCUGGCCUCUGGUGGAACCCUGCCCCUUACCAGCCUUGAUGGCAGCGGGAACCUGGUGCUGGGGGCAGCUGGCACGGCCCCAGGGAGCCCUGGCCUGGUGACUUCGCCACUCUUCUUGAACCACGCCGGGUUGCCCCUACUCAGUGCCCCACCUGGAGUGGGUCUGGUCUCUGCAGCGGCUGCAGCCGUGGCAGCCUCCAUCUCCAGCAAGUCUCCUGGCCUCUCCUCAUCCUCUUCAUCCUCCUCUUCCUCCUCUUCCUCCUCCACUUGCAGUGAGGCAGCAGCACAGACCCCUGGAGGCUCAGGAGGACCCGAGGCAGGGUCCAAGCCUGAGUGAGGGCCUGCCAUGCCUCUCCUCCCACUUCUCUGACCCCCACUUAGCUCCCUCGCCUGGGAAGAAGGCAAGGAGGCUAGUGGUGGGGAUGCAGAGUAUCCUCGGAGCAGGAGUGACAAGGGAGGAAAGAUCAAAAAACAGAAACAACCCAACCAACCAAAAAAAAAAAAAAAA